CCCGCUAUGUAUCAAGCGAGAACAUUGUUGUCAAGAAGCUUCGCAACUCUCUCAAAUCAUCCCCUACGAGUCUGCAUAGUUGGCAGCGGACCAGCUGGCUUCUAUACUGCUGAAAAGACAUUAAAGGCGCACCAGGAAGCGCAAGUUGACAUCAUUGAUCGAUUGCCAACACCAUUUGGAUUAGUACGCUCUGGUGUAGCACCUGAUCAUCCGGAAACAAAGAUUGUGAUUAAUCAGUUUUCUCGAGUGGCACAACAAGAACGGUGCUCAUUUUUUGGGAAUGUCUCUCUCGGUUCCUCCAUUUCUCUAUCAGAGCUCCGUCAGCUCUACCAUGUGGUUGUGCUUGCUUACGGCGCUGAAAGUGAUAGAGUUUUCCAUAUACCAGGAGAAGAUUUAUUUGGAAUACACUCAGCCAGAGAAUUUGUUUGGUGGUAUAAUGGACACCCAGAUUGUAGAAACCUGAAUCCUGACUUGAAGAGCACUGACACAGCUGUGAUUCUUGGUCAGGGAAAUGUAGCUCUUGAUGUUGCUCGUAUCCUCCUACGACCAACUGAAGAACUGGCAACGACUGAUAUUGCCAGCCAUGCUUUGAAUGCUCUGGAAGAGAGCUCUAUCAGGAAAGUCUAUCUGGUUGGCAGACGUGGACCAGUCCAAGCGGCUUGUACCACUAAAGAGCUCCGUGAAGUACUUGGUAUUAAAAAUUUGUUUGUUAACAUAAAGGAAGCUGAUUUGGUCAAAACCCCAGCAGAUGAGGAAGAGAUGAAAAAUAGUCGUAUUCAGAGGAGAGUUUAUGAAUUGCUCUCUAAGGCGGCUGCUUCAGCUUCUUCCCAAUCCAGUUCAGGUCAACGUGAACUUCACUUUGUUUUCUUCCGCAAACCUGAUUGUUUUCUUGAAUCAGAUAAAAGAAGUGACCAUGUUUCGGGUGUGCACUUUGAGAAGACAGUUCUAAAAGGUGUUGGCCCUGGAAAACAGGUUGCAGUGGGUACUGGAGAAUUUGAAGAUAUUGACUGCAGGAUGGUGCUAAAGAGCAUUGGUUACAAAUCAGUACCAGUAAAUGGUCUACCCUUUGAUCAUCGUAAAGGUGUGGUUCCAAAUGUCAGAGGUCGAGUUUUAAGUGAUAAUUCAGGAGAUCCUACACUGAUUGAAAAUGGCUUGUAUGUUUGUGGGUGGUUGAAGAGAGGACCAACUGGGAUUAUUGCUACAAACCUCUACUGUGCCGAGGAAACUGUAGCUAGCAUAUCAGAAGAUCUUGAAAAAGGAAUGUUAUCAUCCAUAUCCAGUUUGCCGAAACCUGGAAGAGAGGGACUCCUGCAGUUACUGGAUCGUAGAGAUGUUAUACCUAUACCAUACAGCAGUUGGGAAAAGAUUAAUUCCGUGGAGAGGAGGCUUGGGAGUUUGAGGAACAAACCACGGGAGAAAUUAACAUCAUGGGAAGAUCUGCUAAAAGCAGCCACAACAUAAAUUAAAACCUUGAGAAGAAUAUUACCAUUUCCCUCGUUUUCUUUAUUUUGUAA